GCGAGAAGAAAAGGGAUAAUUUCCUGUCUUCCCAUAGUCUCUCCAAAAAUGGCGGACACGUGUGGCCAAGUAUUGUUGGGGUCAGGGCUCACCGUCCUCUCCCACCCUCUGAUGUAUAUUAAAGUCCUGAUCCAGGUAGGACAUGAGCCACUACCUCCCACUCUGGGCAGGAACCUGUUCGGCAGACAAGUGCACCAGCUGCCUGGAUUGUUUGCUUAUGCAAAACACAUCAUUAAGAUUGAUGGAAAAGUGGGUCUCUUCAAAGGGCUUGGUCCACGGCUGUGUGCUGGCACUGUUGGAACAGUCGUGCACAGCAAAGUUGUGCAGAAAUGUCACGAACAAGGCAUACUUCAGGAAUGUAGUGGCCAGCAGAAGGCUGCAGAGGGCUCACUACAGCAUGUUGUUAAUGAGACAACCAAAGAAAUGAUCGCUCGUUCCUGUGCCACCAUCGUCACGCACCCCUUUCACGUGAUUACUCUGCGAUGUAUGGUCCAGUUUAUUGGGAGAGAAACGAAAUACAGCGGGGUUUUUGAUUCCGUCCUAACAGUCUACAGAGAAGAGGGCAUACUGGGUUUCUUUGCUGGAUUGAUUCCACGCCUGCUGGGAGAUGUGUUGUCUCUGUGGAUUUGUAACCUGCUGGCCCACCUCAUCAACACAUACGCCAUUGAUGACUCGAUGAGUCACACAGGAGAAAUCAAGAACUGCUCUCAGGCUGUGACAGGGUUCUUUGCCAGUAUGCUCACAUACCCUUUUGUUUUGGUGUCAAAUCUCAUGGCUGUCAAUAACUGCGGGCUCGCGGGAGGCCUGCCUCCCUAUGCAUCAGUAUAUCCCACCUGGGUGGACUGCUGGAGGCAUCUAAGCAGAGAGGGCAACAUGAGCAGAGGCAACAGUUUAUUCUUCCGGAAGCUUCCAGCAGGAAAGAUGUACGCAAUUGACCAGAAGAGAUUUUUUUAAAGCCCCCAGACAACUGAGACGUACAUAGUUGUGAUAAUAUCAACAUUGCUUGGUCUGGGGUCGAACAGUUGGCACUUAAUUUUUUUUUGUAUGCACUUGUUUACUAUGACUUUCUUUACUUAACAGCCUGUCACCAUGUGAAAAUAAAAACACUUGCUUUGUUUGAUUAACAAAACUUGACCGAUAUAAACUGCAGGGCUGUGCAGAAUGACAGUUCUUUAAAACCUACUGGUAUAAUAAUGGAAAGAUAAUACUGUCUGAUAAAUGUUUUGGCAAAUAUGACAAAUGUGCAAGUGCCCCCUACACCGAUUAUUAUUUUUUUCUUUGUUUUUAAUAUAUAUAGAUUAUCUAUUGCUAAUCCUUCAUCAACACGAUGGAGUGUGUUUGAAAACGGCACUUCAGUCUGCAUGUGGCAAUUCAGUGGGACCUCGUCAUGUGGUAUUGUCUUGAUGUGUUAGUUGCUGUAAAGCUUACUGCUGGGCGGAUGUGAUACAAAUGAAAAAGAGGAAGCGGUCAUGGUUGUCUGGGAGCUAGUAUAGAAGUGCAGAGGCAUGGACUAAACUCUGACAUUCUAUACAAUCAAGUGCUUGUAUCAAAUUCAUUCUGAUUUACCUGAAUAAAAACAGACUUUUUUGACCUUUUUCUUGUAAA